UAUUAAAAAGACGUGUUUUUAUUAAUAUUCCUGUAAUUUUUACUAAUAAAUUUAAGUUUGUGCAAAUAGAGUAAUAAUCUGGUUAAACUUGUACACAAAUAACUUACAAACAUGUUAUAUCUGGAGGAUUACCUUGAAAUGAUCGAGCACUUGCCGCAGGAGCUAAGGGACCGUUUUACAGAGAUGCGUGAACUGGACUUGACUGUGCAAAAUAGUAUGGAUUCUUUGGAGAAAAAAACACGAACAUUUUUUCAACAAUGUAAACGUGGAGAAUUACAAAAUGAGACUGCGGACUUAGAUUUCCAAAACCUUCGUAAAGAGUACUACAAAGUGCUGGAAGAUGCCGACGAAAAAGUAAACAUUGCCACACAAAUUCAUGAGUUGGUCGAGCGUUAUUUGCGCCGAUUGGACAGCGAACUCUUCAAAUUCAAAUGUGAAUUGGAAGCAGAUAACAACGGUAUUACAGAAAUAUUAGAAAAACGUUCGUUAGAGUUAGAUGGUGGCUCAAGUGCAGCCACGGCAUUGAUGAAUGUAAUCGGUGUUACCCAAAAAGAAAAUCGAUAUUAUGGCUCAAUAAGUGCAGUAACGGCUACGAAUAGUCAUAGCAUGCUAGGCGUGCCAGGUGGUACUAUGGGCGGUUUGUCACUCCCGGCAACACCAACAGCAACAACAAAAGAUAAUCGCUAUCGUACUCCGAAGCCAGAGAAACGUCGAGACAGCACUUCAAAUUUAUCCGGCAUAUCAGAGAAACGUACGAACUUGGGCAAUAAUUUGACACCUAAUCCUUCGGUAGCAGUGGUGCGUCCUAUAACACCAGUCAUAGGUACACAUUCCGUGCUGAAUUCGGCGACCACUGCAGUUAAUUCAGCUGGUAAUACUGCAGCUGUUGCUUACAAUUUGCAACAACUAGGCGGAUCCGCUUCGAAUGCAAUUGCUGCAGCGGCUAGUCAAGCCAUAGUUGCAACACAACAAAUGCCACAGGGACGUCGCACCGCGAGUCUUAAAGCCAGUUAUGAGGCUAUACAUGGCGCUAGUGGUGGACCGCCUGAGUUUUGGAUAAGCCGAGACAUUGCAAAUGCAGCGACAGCUGCUGCACAAACUACGCUUCAGACCACAAACGUUGAGAAAAAACAAAAAAAAAAAAUAAAUACCAACAGUAUUACUCAUGCCAACAGUGUCGGUAGCGGUAGCGCACCGUCGUCGGCAAUUUCGCUGGCUUCUUCGUCGUCAUCAGUGAGUGUGGACUCGGUGGAUAUGUUGCCAUCCUCAUCUAAUUUAUCUGCUAUGGGAAAUCUUGGCAUUACGUCUAUUGGACUUACAACUAUUGGAGGUAGUGCGGCAUCGACUUCCACCGCCGCAGCCAAUCGUGUCACUUCGGCUACGUCUUCAAUCAAUCAAUCAAGUACUCUUGCGCCGACUUCAAAUAUUACCGUCAAUGAAAAUGGGUUGGUGGUGGAGCAAACACCAGAGGGAGAAUGGUCAUAUGAUCCAAACGAACCACGUUACUGUACUUGUAAUCAAGUCUCAUAUGGUGAUAUGGUCGCUUGCGACAAUGAUGCGUGUCCUUAUGAAUGGUUUCAUUAUCCAUGUGUGGGUAUUACCCAACCGCCUAAAGGCAAGUGGUAUUGUCCUAAAUGUACAGCGUCUAUGCGUCGGCGCGGGAAUAGGAAAAUAUAGUAAUAUUGAAAGAGGCGCGCUUAUUUAAAACAUUUAUAAAAUUUCAUUAUUUUUAACAAAUUUAAUAGUUUUAAAAAUGUAUAACUCGUAUUAAAUGGGCGCGCUUUGAAACAAACUCUUCAAGUUACGAAUAAUUCCGAGGAAAUCAUAUCCUGAUUGAUAAAAGCCAAUAAACUUAUAAAUAAACAACGCACAUACCUAUA